GUCAAAAUUUGAAUUUCCUCUGCUGAAUCUAUUUCUCUCACCCCAUAAAGUUGCCAUUUUUAAUUGAGUGGUUUUCUUGAACUCUGAACCCCUUUUCCCCUUUUCCUCUUAUCUUUUUCUCUUCCCCUGCCGUUACAAAAUCUUCAGUUUUCUUUCAUCUUCUCACUGUAAUUUUGAGGUUUUCCGUUAUUGGGAGAAAAAAAUAAAAUGGGAAGUUGUUUGAGUAAGAAGAGCACAUCUUGUUCUUCUUCUUCUACUACUGCUGCAGUUUCAAAUACAAAUCAAGAAAUCACCAAAAUUAAUAGUACCCAAGUGGAGAUCAAGAAAGAGGUAGAGGGAGAAAGUGUGAAAAAAGAAAUCUUUGUUAUCAAACACAGAAAAAGCCAUGAAGUGGAUAGGAAGACUGAAGAAGAAAAGGGUGUUGUUAAAAAGGCAAAUGAAGCAGUUGAGUCUGCUAAUAACAAUGGUGAGUUAGUGAAAGAGAAUAAUGGUAUUGUUGUAUCUGCUCCUGUGAGGACUUCAAGUUGUACUAAAGAAGAAGUUGAUGCUAUUUUGAUACAAUGUGGGAGGCUUAGUAGGAGUUCAUCUAUGGGAAAGACGGGACAAUUGGGUUCUAGUGGAUCCACUGAUAAUCCUCAAAGGAGUAGAAAGUAUUCUGGUUCCAAGAGGAGUUUCGAUUUUGAGAGUGAGAAUGGAAAUGAGGGGUCGCAAGAAAAUGUGGUGGAUUGUGAGGAUGAUGGGGCUGUGGGAGAUGGAGUUCGUCGCCAUAGGCAACGCCAACGCCAGCCUAGAACGCCUAAUUCUUCAUCUCAGGGACGGAGGAGAACCCCGAGUAGGGAGAGAGACCAGGAGCAACAGAAGCAGCGGUCGGGUAGUAGUAGAGAAAGAGGCAACAGUGGAGGGGUUAGAAGGGUGAGUAGGUCUCCUGGUAGAAGAUCUGAUUCACCAAUUACUACCUCAAAUGGUGGCAAUGUGGCUUCUGUUAAUGCUAAUGGAAAUAAUGGCGGUAGGCCAGGGAAGAUGGUAUCCGUACCUGCUACUGUUUCAUCUAUGGUGAUGGACAAGAGCAUUGAUGCUGGUGGACCUGAGAAUAUUUCUGCUGCUGCUGUUAAGAGGGUUCAAGUGAAGAGAAAUGCAGGUGGUGACGGUCCAAGAACUGCUGCAUCUCCGCGUGCUCGUUCACCAGCAAGGGUGAAUGCAAAGGUGUUGAAUGAGAGAGAUAACAAUGCUCAUUCCAACCAAAAUCAACAGCAGCCCAUGUCCCUUAGCCGCAGCAAUUCGAGGAAACACGAACAGUCUCCCUACAGAAGAAAUCCUCUCAGCGAGAUUGACACCAACGUUGUCUUGGAGCAGAUGCCCACGCCAGGACGGAAGGUCCCUUCCCAGAAGUUGAAUGCAGAAACCGUGAGCAUUAGCAAAGUUGUUCAGCAAGGAACUGAGAACAAACUUGGCAGCAGCAAAGGGACUCUGGAUGGCAAGGUCAAGGAGCAGAAUGUUGCAAUGAAUGUGAUUGUUUCAGGACCCGAAAGCCAUAAACCCCAGCGAAGCAGGUCGCUAAGGCUAUCUAGAGACCUAGACAUCAAUCCGGAAGCUCUCUCAAAUCCUCCUCAAUCAUAUACAGCACUGUUGCUCGAGGACAUCCAAAACUUCCAUCAGAAGACCAAUACCACCACCCCUGCGUUUUCGUUACCACCUUGUGUAACAAAAGCUUGCUCAAUUCUUGAUGCAGUUGCUGACCUGAACUCAACCACUAGCUCCAACUUGUCUGGUGCUUUCUCUGAUGACAGGAGAAGAAACCCCACAGCUGAGCAAUUUAGUCAGAAUGAUAAUGCUUCUUUCGGGGCUGAUCAUCCUGGAAAGAGGAGGCUAGGGAUCAAGGACCCGUUCAUGGAGUCUGAAGUUGCUGUGAGUGAUGAUUUAAUGGAGCCAAGCAUACAGAAGUAUGUAACCUUCAGAAGGGGAACUGAUAUGGAAGAGCAAGAAUCCUCAGGAAGCAACAGUGUUGUGGGUCAGCAAAAUUGGCUUUCCCCUUCCGCAUGGGAACCAAAUUCGGCUGAUUCAACUGACUGUUGGCCUUCUUCAAAAUCCUAUAGCAGAGAUGACAACAGGAGUCCUCUAGGCUUCCAAAGGCAAGAGAUUGGCCAUGACAUGGAAGAAGGCAAAAGAAGAGUGAAUGUGAAGAGGAGGGAUUCUGACAACCAGCAAGCAGGAAUAGGCCGUGGCAGAGUUGGACCUAGAGGUGGUCUCCACCCGAUUUCUAUGGCUGCUUCUACUUAAAACAUCGAACAAUUUGUUAAAGAUGUAUGCAGUUUGUUUUAGAAUACAUUUUCCAGUUGUGGUUGCACACUUUGCAGCCUUUGUUUUCUUUGAAGAUUGUAUGCCUCGGAACCUUUCGUUUCAUUGAAUGUUGUCUACAAAUGAUUUACUUGGAAGCAAA